GCUGCGCGAUGGCGGCUCCGGGCGGGAGCGGAAGAUUCGCCUGUUCCCCCCUCCCUCGCCGCCUUCCCGGCGCGAAGUCAUGGCGGGGCCCAGUGCUCGGCCUGGUGACUCAUCACCACAGCCACACAGGUCCAGACAAGGCUGAAUUUCUUUUACUGAGCAAACAGCUGCUCACCUCCAUCCUGCCUGCCUCCCCACCAAGGUCGUCAGUGAGAAGUGGAGAAAUGGCUAAAUUGACUCAGUUAAUUGACAAUGAAGUCUUCUGGGCUUAUGCCACUUAUACAACUAUUGUGCUUCUGAAAAUGAUGCUAAUGAGUCCUGUAACGGCAUACUUCAGAAUCACAAGAAAGGCAUUUGCCAACCCAGAAGAUACAGCAUCACUUGGUAAAGGAGAGAGCGCCAAAAAAUUUCUGCGGACAGAUCCAGAUGUUGAACGUGUACGCAGGGGCCACCUGAAUGACCUUGAAAAUAUUGUCCCAUUUCUUGGCAUUGGACUGCUGUAUACUCUCUGUGGCCCUGAGCUGUCCUCAGCCUUGCUACAUUUCAGGAUCUUUGCUGGGUCUAGGAUCCUUCACACUUUUGCGUACUUGAUCCCUCUUCCCCAGCCCAGCAGAGGUUUGUCUUGGGCAGUUGGGUAUGUAGUGACCAUCUCGAUGGCGUACCAAGUGCUGAAGACGGCAUUGUACCUGUAGCAGAGUCAUAGCUUCUAUGUACCAUUCCAUAUUCCGUGAGAAGUUUCCAGCAGUGUAUGAUGAUGUCUAGAAUGAGUUUUCCAUGGUGACUGGAAUUUGAUUUUUAGCAGAGGCUUUUCAUUCCUGUUCAGAAA